AUGUCGUUGCGCAAGACGCUCUGCUGUUUCGUGCCGGCCAAAAAGAAGUCCUACUCGGGGCACCUCUACCACAAGGUGGACCAGAACAUGUUGGCGCGUUCGGACGAGAAGAAGUGGCAGGAGUCCAAAUGGAGGGACGAUGAGAGGAACGGUGAGCGUAGCGAUGAGAAAAGGCACCGUGAAGGCUACAGCGACGAGAAAAGGCAUCGUGAAGGCUACAACGAUGAACAACGCCACCGUGAGCAAGCCAAACACUACCGUGGACCUCACGAUGACGAUAAGCGACAUUUUGAACGGAACGAUGACUAUCGUCGCAGCUCCAGAAGCGCGAAAUGGCACGAUGAGGGUAAUUUCCACUCUCAACGAAGCGAUGGUGACAGAUUUGAACGAAACAAUGACAAACGUUCGUCUCGACGAUCCAAUUCUCGUCCUUUUGUGGAACGUGAGCCUCAGAUAAUAUCGACGUCUUCUGAAGCGCUACUGGAGAUUGACGAUGUUGGAUACGCCAAGAUUCUGAAGCCACCCAAGACUCCGAAAGUUGGUUUGAGAAGUCAUGGUAUUGACAGUGACAGUACUUGGAAGAAAGAGCAUGGCAUAGAAGGCACUUUGAAGAAGGAUUCUAGAGAUAAUGGCACGAUGAGUAGAGGUUAUGGAACAAAGGAAGAUGGAAAGUUUAGAAUGAAUGAAAGUACCAAAGAUGACAGUACAUUAAAGCGAGAGACUUUAGAAAGAAGCGCUCAGAAGCCUGUGGACUCUACAGUAAUCUCUACACAACCGAGGGAAUACAGAACAAAAUUACCAGAAGCACCAGAAUUGCCUCAACCAAGACUAAAACCUGUAAGUUUUUGACAAUUUCCAAUUUACUUUUUUGGUCCAAAAGUUUGUAGGGCUUAUUUUUGUGUUUUAUCGGCAGUAUUUAACCAGAAAGCUGAUAGUAAAGGUACUAAGUAGUUGUAAAGACCUUAAAAUGAACUUUAUGUUUAGACAAAGCUAUGGAAUAGACAGUUAAUUAAGUUGUAUAUAUAGUACAGUGUUAGUGAUGAGUGACCUUUCGACUUACUUUUUUUUAAAUAGUAGCGACGAUUCUCGGAAUUACGUCAAAAUAACCGCCAAUUACUCUUCUCUUACUAUUAUUACACUUAAGAUAAUACGCUGCAAAAAAGGAAAGUGUUCAGUCAUGACACAUUUUUUGCAAAAAACUUGGUUACGUUGACUUUUUUACCGAAAAAAGUAAUGUCAUCAUGACGGUUUUUAUGGAAAGUUGAUCAGGAUGACUCAUUUUUUAAAGCGAUUCUUAUCUUUUUAAAAAAAAUUGUCACGAUGACUCAUUAUUUUUUAAAAAAUUGUUGGCAAAGACAUUAUUUUAUACAAAAAAUCUGUCAUGAUGACACAUUUUUAAGCAACAAAACACAUCAUGAAAAAAGGCUUUUAAAAAUUACAAAAUUAUCGCGAUGACGCUUUAUUUUACUCAUAAAACACGUCAUGAUGACCCAUUAUUUUUUCCGAAAACCUCGUCACGAUGACAGAUUAAGCGGUCAUCGGACCGGUUCGAGAAGGUUUAGCCCGACCUGUAGCAAACUUAAAUUGUAAAAAGUAGCCAGCCGGCUGUCACAAACCAACGACCUUGAAUUGCUCUUAACAUAUGUAGGGUAUGGGCAGGGUUAUUAACCGCUACCUCGUCGUAUGUUUGAGGAGCGAAUUAGCGAUGGGAAGGGAAGACAACAACAAUAUCAGAUGAUAUUGUGAUCGAGUUUCCUUAUGUUUCGGUCGUGUGUAAUGUCUAGUGUGGAGUGGGUUCAGAAUUCACUGAUUUGUUUUUCUGGGGGGGGGGGGGGAGUUGGGGGAACGUUUUAGUUUUGUCACUGUUAUUUUAGGUAGCAUUUUGGUUGGAUUCUGAGGUGUUUUGAUGGUUUUAAAGGGGUUUUUGAUUGGUUUCGCAGUGUUUUGAAGCGGAAGAAACUUUGUUUACAAUGUUGUUCAUUGAUUUUCGAACUUUUUUUUCCGUUGGUCAAAAAGUGCGUAGAAUUGAUUUUUGUAUUUAAAAGGUAACUAUUGCACAGUGCAGUCCAUAAUGUUAGCCAUUGAUUAAUAUUAAUUAUUCUACCCACUUUUUGACCGAAUUUUUAUAAAAAACUUGUUCUUAAAUUUCAAAAACAAAGUUCUGAAUAAAAAAUUGUUUUCGAAUGUAAAACGUAACAAUUCAAUGUGGCAGGACCCUUGAAAAGCGUGAAAGUUUGAAUAUCCCGCGGUUUUUGGCAUUUUUCUUUGAAACGAAUGGGCUUAAAGCUGAAGAACAAACUGAGGCAAGGCUGUUUACAUAGUUGUAGCUCUCUCACAAGUCGCUAUUAAGCCUAAAAACGCAUAAAAAAUGGUCUCAGAGCAAUAUUUCUCAACAAUUUCAUUAAACUUUGUGAAAUGGCUAUGUUAACAUAGGUAAAAGGGGCUGUAAUAGUAUGAAAACAGAUGGUAUUGUAGUGAAAUCGUGUUAAUGUUGGAAGGAAAGGUUAUAUUAUUCAUAAAAAUUGCCGAUUCAUGCUAAAUGUAACAGUUUUAAGCCUAAAAAGUAGCGAAAUUCAACAGUUAUAAGCCUAAAACAAGCCAAGUUUAAUCGUUUUUAGCCUAGAAACACGCUAAAAUUAAAAGUUUUAAGCCUAAAAACAAGCGAACUUCAAGCCUAAUCAGCUAAGAGCCCCGAGGCCCUGACCUGUGACAUAGUUUUGUUUAUAUAGCGAUUGUAGUAGGUAACAAUGGCCAGUUUAAUUGGCCGCGCGACCGUUUCGAAUUUGCUAUUCAAAGGCCGGAAGAGAGCGUUGGAAUUGCAUGGAAGGCUUUGUUCGAAGCACAGCCAGAGAUUGGGCUUCUGUUCUUGGCUAACCUGUUCAUUCCACGUUUGUCCUCAACUUGUUUUGGCUACUGAGUUGCGAUUCUCAAGAGUUUCUUUGAAGAUUUAGCUACAGGAUUCAGAUUCCUUAAAUAUUGUGGUUACAGGGCUAGAAUUUCUUGAAGACUUUGGCUACUGAGCUGAUAUUCUUACAGAGCCUGGCUUCUGAAUUUUGGCUGGCUCUUUGGCUACUGAAGUGCUUCUGUUUAAGCCAUUAAAUCUUCUUUUAUAUUGGCUACAGAAGCUAAAAUUUUUGUCACGGCAAAUUCAAAACCUGUCGCUACAAAUUAAGCCUAAAUUUUGACAAUUCAAAGCUUUAACUUUAAGGCCUAAUUCUAUAUUCAAAACCUACUAGAAUAUAAUAAGCUUUAACUUUAUUAAGAAAGUUCUUGGGCGACAUAAGCCUAAGCUUUAUUAACUAAUCCUUUGGCCCCCAUAAGCCUAAGCUUUAUUAACUAAUUCUUUGGCUGACAUUAUAAGCCUACAUCUUUGUUAAUCAAGCCUUUGUACUACCUUAUAAGACAAAGUGUUGGUGAAGAUGAGUCAAAUGGUAUGAUAGAGAGUGUUGUGAAGCAAAGAAUACUUUAGGUCAUAAAAGGCUUUAAUAGCCAUAGUUCGAAAGAUUAAAUAUUGUUUUCUGUCGCUUUAUAGCUGUUCUUGGAGGUUGUGGGGCUAUGUUUUGAAAAAAUUUUUUUUUUUUAAAUUUAAAUUUAAAAAAUUUUUUUUAUUUUUUUUAUUUGUGAGUUAUGGGCUAGGGAGAUGGUUCGUUUUUUAAGGUAUUUCUUAACUUUAGUCCUAGGCUUGUAUUAAUUUAGGCUAGGUUUAAAUUGUUGGCUUGUUUUAUAAUUUGAAAAGGUAUCUAAUUCUGGUAGAAUAAGGUAGGCUAAGGCCAGAUUUUUUUGAUUUUCAUACGAUUCUCAAGUUAUAUAAAGGUAGUUAUGUCUAGACAUGGGAAACGGGUUGGGUCUGAGCAAAAUUUAGGUAGGAUCGGGCUUGAAAAAUAGGCCUAGCCCGUUCCCCAUGUCUAGUUAUGUUAUCUUACUAUGGUAUCUGCGGCUUACCGUGUUAAAAGGGGUGGUGGUUGAAGGGCAGGGUAAGGCAGGGACGAUAGCGUAAGGUAGAGGUAGGGUAUUUUAGGGUAGAGUAGGGUAUCGUAGGGUAGGGUAGGGUAUUUUAGGGUAGGGUAUCGUAAGGUAGGGUAGGGUAAAUUACUUUUUCCCUUAAACCUUGUUGCUUAAAACCUUACUUUAAGCAAGCGACAACUUAAUUUUAAAACUUUUACUCAGUAAAAGGCUUAUAAACAGUAGUCGAGUAAGGGUUGAUGGUUGGUGGUAUAACACUACGAGGAAGGGGUUAAGGCUGUGUAAUACGGCGACGACUGAUUAAAGUAGCAAGUAAUCGAGGUAACAACAAGUUGACUUGUAUUAUAUAGGUAUAGAGAGAGGUGUGAUAAGAGGGGCGACAAGGGCGAUAAAAGGAGGAAGCGUUGAUUAAUGGGAGGGGGAGGGGGCAGAGAGGUAGGAUAAGGGGAAUUCUUUUUCCGGCGACAAGAGAUUAUGUGCUUUAAGGUGUUAGGGGUGUACCCUUAGGUCAUUAUUAUAGGGGUUACAGUACUAUUUUGAGAACUCUGAGGUUUUCAUCUUUUGGUACUGUAUUAGGUUCUGUAUUACAUGUUUUAGUACGCAAGACUAUCAAGUUACAGUACCUAAAAUAAGUUUAUUAUGUUGUUCAAGUAAUUCUGAGCUACUUAACUGCGGAUAUUUGCAAUGAGAGGGGGCGAAGAUUUUUUGAACAAUGUAAGAACAAGGUAUUACUACAUAAUACUAUACGACAAUCAAUGACACUUUGAGUAUAACCCUCAUGUCAAUUAAAAUUUCGAUUAAAAUACGGCAAAUUAAAGUCAUUUCCGUUUUUUGUCGCUGAAUGCGGUUAAUCGAUUAAGCGUUUCGUCAAUGUAACCGAGGGUUUUGUCGCCGAAUCUUUCGAAUUUCAUACUAUUCACAAGUUAUCGUACGUGGUUAUGUCAUCUUACCAUGGUAGAUAGGGCUUACAGUGUAAAAGGGGAGGGGUAUUAGAUGUUUAAUUAAUUGUGUGCCCUUUUUCAAAGCAAAUUUUUAGGGUCGGGGGCACGUAAUUAUUUAAACAACCUAAUUUUUUAAGGGUAGGAUAGGGAAAGGUAGGGGGUAGGGUAGAGAGCAGGGUAGGACAGGGUAGUGUAGAUAGGCAGGAUAAAGUUGGGUAGUGGUAGCGUAGGCUCUGAUUAAGGGUAUGGUAAGGUAGGAUAAGCUUUAAAGAUAAAAAAAAAAGACUUUCUUUCCUCUCCCCCCCCCCUUUUUUUUUGAAAAUUUCACUCCUCCUUAUUAAAAAAGGGUAGUAUAAGUAUUGUCAUUGUGGUGUAUAUGAACAUGUUUACUAUGCGAAGCCAUUUUUUAACUAAUGCCAUUCUUUUUAGAACAGCGACGAGGACGAAAUGGCAAUGAUCGCGAGAGUCAAGCCUUAUCAGGCUUCCAAAGACGAGAAUCCACACUCUCACUAUCAGUUCGAGGAUGUCACUGACGACCCAAAGGUAGGAGGGUUACUGUAGAAUAUUUUGUCUUAUAUUGCCGUAAAAGAUUACUGUAUCGUGCAGUAAUUUAGUUUGAAAAAUGUAAAAUGAGCUGAAGCCUAAAUGUAAAGUGGAAUAAGUUGUCGCUGAACUUAUUUUUAGUGGCUUUGAAGGACAUUUUAUAUGCUACUUGGUAUGCUGAUGCAAAAAGAAUGCCGGUUUGAAAAGUUUUUAGCUCGCGCCAUUGUUUUUGCAUCAUUUUUGAUAUUUUUGGGCCGAAACGGGAAGGGAAACAAUGAUAUUAGGUUGUUCACUUAAUUCUGCGCCCUUUACCAAAGCUAAUUUGUAGGGUACGGGGGCGCAGAAUUAUGUGAACAACGUAGUAAAAGGACUGAAAUUGGCGAUUUAUGGCUUUUCUUUGAACUUUUUGACCGCCCUAUUUUAAAAUUUAAAUUUUUGAAAAAAAAUUUUUUUAAAUUUUUUAAAUUUCCAUAAUUGCUUUCUACUUCCUUUUACCUGAAACACCUCCUCAAAGGCUCAAAAGCACCUCUAAUAUAGUUUGUCGCCGCUUCCGCUUCGGCAUCAUUACCUUAUAAUUGUUUCAGUACCAGGAGAAGAAGCUGCCCGACCUCGAGGGCGCGCUGGUCGAAUAUUGUCGCAUCGACCAUAACAAACAGAAGCCACAGCCUCAGGUGCUUCAGUCUCACACCGUCGUGAGUGCGCGUAGCCAAGUCGACGUGAGUUUUGGCAUUUAUCGGGUUUUGGUAUUGGUUUUUGGGUAAAAAGUAGGAAGCUUGUGGGAAAUUAAGGGUUUUCGACGAUAAAAUACGGUUAUUCUGGGGGAUUACUGUAAUCUUAUUGUAGAAUAUGAUGACCUAGUUAAUUUAAAAUUUGUAUUUUUGAAAUUUAAGAAACUUUGUUUCCACUGAUUUUUGUCUUGUUUUCUCCCCACUUCUUCCUUUAUUUCCCCUGCACCGUGCAAUCAAACCUCUUUUCCUUCUUGCACCGUGCAAAACAAAGCCGAUUUCUGCACAGUGCAACAAACUCUCGCUAACCUUUUGCACCGUGCAUCCUCAAUAAGGUCUUUUGCACCGUGCAGUUCGAAUAAGAUUGUUUGCACCGUGCAACCAAAUUUCCUUAUUCUUUACGCACUGUGCAGUCUAAAACAGUCCUGCGACAUUUUAAUGCGACAAACUGUUUUUUCCAAAAACUUGAACGAGUAUUUGUCGCACUUUUAUUCAAAAUGUUUUCUGCGAUAAAUUUGCACUGUGCAAUAAAAGUUUUCUGCUCACUGUGCGACUUUAAUGGGUUCAGCGAUGUUUCUGCAACAUUCUUUGUUAUCGCAUCUCAAUGUUCUUGAAAGUUGUCGCAGAGGUUGGUCGACAAACGCAGCAAAUGUUGCGACAAUCUUUUGCACAUUGCGACAUUCAUUGAUGUUGCUUUUCAAUGUUUUUUUGAAACAAUUUUUUGCGAAAAUUUGUCGCAAGGCUUGGGAAGAACGACGAAUUGACUUUGUCGCGAUUUCUUUAGCGACAAAGCUUGGGCAGUUUUCGUUUGAAUUGAUGUCGCGACACAAUGCUCGAUGCGACACUUUUUGAGAUUGCACUGUGUCGCUGGUCUUGUCGUUUGCACUGUGCAGUCUUUUCUGUCGCCGAUUGUCGCUGCUUUUUUUAUGGAAACAAAAGCUGAAAUUCGUCGCGUUUUUGCACUGUGCAGUCUUACUCAAUGUUGAUCUGAAUGUUUUGGCGACAAUUGGCUGUUUUUUCUGGUUCCUUUGCACAGUGCAGUCUUUGCAAGAAGAGGUUUUCUGGUUUUUUGCACAGUGCAAUGAGGCUUUCAUUUUUUGCGAUAAAAGGUUCGCGACUGCACCGUGCAAUGGAAUUCAAUUGAGUUUGCACUGUGCAAAGAAAUUCUGUAUUGAUUGCACUGUGCAGAGCUUUGCGUUUGCACUGUGCAUCAGAAAUUAAUUUGUUAUUGCACCGUGCAGAGUCUAAUUAUUUGAUUUUUUUUUGCAUGGUGCAGUAUGCUUUUUUUGCACGGUGCACUCUAUUUUCUCUGUUUUUAAGCGUUUAAAACCUAAAACAGUUUAAAAAAAAGCAAAAAAUAUAGCAAACACUGCGACAAGAGGGUUGUUUUGUACAAAAUCGACCAUUCGCUCCACUUUCCGGUCAUCGUAUUGUUUUGGCGGUUGAUGGAUCGCGUGUCGCGGCCAAGGGAGGGGGGGGGCGGGUCCUAUUGGCCAUUAAUGGGCUUGGCCAAAACAAUUGUUUUGUCGUAAUGCGAUUACCUUGCGGCCUCAACCUUGUUUUGCUUUAUUUUUGUUUUUCGUACCUAAUCUUGUUUGCGGGUUACGGUAGGUCAGGGGGAGGGGGGGGAGGGUUUCUAGGUUUUAGUAUGUCUGGGAGCGACAAACAGGGCAAUGAUGAGGUUUAUAUUAAGUUAUGGUGACAGAAGUUUUUGAAGGGGAUACUGUAGGUUUUCUUUAGUGGUGGGAGGGGAGGGGGUUACUGUAGGUUUUAUAAUACUACAAAGAUUACAGUACUGUGAGUUUUAGUAGGAUGAUAAGCCUGAGGUACUGUAGCUUUGUAAUUUUAUUUUGACUUCAACCUAUGGGGUUUACUGUAAUAUUCGCUUAAAAAUAUAGCGUUUUUUGGGUUACUGUAGUUACUUUUGGUACUGUAACUUGAAUGUUUAAUUUUGCACCAGUAAGUUAGUUUAAAAAUUAGAUUACUGUAUUUUUGAUAAAGAAUACUGUAACUUGCUAUAGUGGUAAACGUUGUAUAGAUUUGUACGGUUACUGUAACGUUUCUUACUGUAGCAUUUAUAUGAACUGUAGAAUUUAAGUGGGCUAUCGUACUGUUUGUUGUUGUUUAUUGCGGUUCAGCCUGCUUCUUGUCGCUUUUUGGUCAUUUUUCCGUUUUGAUGCCCUCGGGUCUUCCCCCCCCUCCCCCCUCUUUCUUCCCCCCCCUCUUGGAAACGUUUGGAAACCAAAGAAAGGCCAAGUUGUCGCGAAACUUGGAGAAUGCCCUCAGGCAAUAAUCUGGGCGUUUGUUAAAAGGAGCCUUCUUCCAGAUUCGGCCGUUCUUCGACCAUCGUUCUGUGCCAUCUUCUUUUCUCUUCUCUUCCCUCUCUCCCUCCCCCCUAUCCCGUGAGACUCAUUCCAUAAAUUCUCGGACGAUUUGCAUAUGCAAUCUGCACUCUUACAAUAGUUUUGUUUUGGCCGCUUUAAUGGGCGACGAAUGGCUUCUGAAGCCCGAAUCUGAGGCUACAGGGCCAGCAGAAGGUUCAGAAGACUUUUCGAUGUUUAUUACGUCUAUUUGUCACUAUUGUCGCAGCUUUUUUGUUGAUUUUAAGGAAGGUUUAGGGACUGCACUGUGCAGUUUAUUUAUUUUGCACGGUGCAAGGUAACUUACAAACUAAAAUACGGCCUUAAAUCACUCUUAAACUUAAAAUUUUUAGUUUUUUUUUUAUUUUUAUAAUUUAGCACUUCUAUUUGUCAUCAUUUGUCACCACUUCUUUUUGAUUUUGUCGCUGAUUUAUCGAAGAAGAAGUUGACUGCACUGUUCAAUUUAUGUGUUUUGCACGGUGCAUGCUAUUUAAAAGCUAAAAUACUGGCUUAAAUUGAUUUUAAAAUCAAAAUUUUUUACUUUUUUACGUUUCUAUAGUUUAGUACUUCUAUUUGUCAUUAUUUGUGAACGCUGUUUUUACUUUUGUCGCUCAUUUUGUGAACGAAAAUCCGACUGCACCGUGCAGAUCAUUUAUUUUGCACGAUGCAAUCUUUACAAAAGCCAAAAAAAGUUUAAAAACGGGUUCAAAAAAUUAAAAAGCAUGUUCUUGCCUUCCAGAACCAACUUACGGCCUCAAGAAAAGAAUCCGAAAUUGAGCUUGGAAUUCUUGUUCGAAGCCGGCUUUAAACGAAGCCGCGGCUUCGGAAAAGAGAAUCCCAAUAUGGUGGAAGUGAUUUGCAUGAUACGAUGACGUCGUGACAUCUAUUGUCUACGUCAUUCGUCCUGCAAAACACUGUGCCCAAGGGUUCAAGUUUAUAUUAUAGUAGGUCGGAGAUGGAAAACAACAAACAUUUUGACGUUUAGUGGACUUGUUGAGUACUUUAGAGGAUUCUGGAGGGGUACUGGGUUUACAUAUGGUCUUGUGGGUUUAAAGGCGAGGUUUUAGGUUUAGAUUGAGAUUAGUUUUGGGGUUUUGCCUGAUUUUGGCAUUCUGUUGCAAAGCGAUAUUAUUUUAUUAACCAAAAGGUCAAUAUGACAAAAACUUUAUUUUUAGACUAUUUUUAGCAUUAUUGUUGAUUGACUUGCUUAAUUUCAAUAAAAAGUUUAUUUGAAACACAAUGCCAAAAGUUGCGGGAAAUUUUAAAAUUUAAAUUUUCAAAUCGAAUCUUUGCCAUUUUUGUUUGAAAUAUGUUCUAAAAUGAUCUUUAAAGUAUGUAAUAUUAGUUUCACUUACUAUUAAUUUAAUUAUGAGCUUUAGUCUGUAGGUAACUAGCCGACAAUAACACUUUAUAUCAUCAUUUACCCCUCAUAGACAGCAUAUUAUACUGAAAAUUGUGUUAUAGGUUUGUUUGUAAACUCAAAACAUAUGUAUACAACAAUGUUUCGUUCAUAAUUGUUCUAUAAUUGUGUUAGUCACAGUGGCUGAUGCAUAUAUUAACAUUAUUUCUCUCUUGAAACAUUGUUUACUAGCCAUAUUUACUGCCAUUUCAUGCUGAAUAUCAUCGUUUAUGAGAAUGUCUGAAGCAUUGUCUAUAUUAACAUGUUUAUUGAGUUAGGGGGUGGUAUUGUGGUAGGUAAAUGAAGGUAAAUAGUAGGGUUAAUUGAGAUUAACAGGAUCAUCAGGGUAAUAACAUUGUUUUAGGUAUAGUGAUAUUGAUAUAGGUAUAGCUGAGAGUGAUGUUAUUAUAGGUGUAGAAUACGAAUUAGAUAGAGUUGUUUGUAUAGUUUACUGAGUAACUUGUUGGUAAACUUGAAAUUCAUCUGGUCUUAUUUAAAUUAGUUUGAAACGGCUUCCCUUCGAGACAGCCGUUUUUUUUUGUUUCUUUGUUUUUUGAUAGUUUUGCCAUCUUUUAUUCGGAAUGUUGCCCAAAUGUCAUUACUCUCAGUUUUUAAAACUUGUUUUUUUAUUUUAAAGGUUUUUACAACCUUUCAUUCGUAUAACUUGUCACCUUUUCGUAUAAAAUGGCUCUAUUUUAAAAAAUUUUAUUUGCGACACGAAACUCUAUUUAAUAGUACAUCCAUAGUUCAUAUCAUAUUUAUCAUAAGCGACACUAUUUUCUGAACUGACACUUUAAAAUAGACAAACUUUGAUCUUUUGUCAACAGAACGGCGACAUAUUUCCAAAAGGCUCGGGUUUCAACAGACAAUCUGUCGCCAAAUAAUGAAAAGUUUGGAACUUGAGGCCAAUUCCCCUGCGGGCACAAAGUGAAGAGAGUGCGCAGUUGAGCGUUAUGACCAGCCGGCUGGUUCUUUUCUAGAUUUGGGGCCUUAUCGAACCUGUUUUGUCGCGGUAAUUGGGAUCCCCCUACUGUAGACAACGUGCUCCAUCGUGCCCUCCGGGCGUCAAAUUGGCUUUGAAUGUGCUCAAACGUGCUUUUCUUUCCGAGCACGCCCGCCUCUGACACUCCUAUUUUGAGGGGGGGGGGGGGGCUACUUUUAACGACAAAUUAAACUGUUAUAAAGUCGCCUUUUUUAGGCUUAAACUCUUAGUUUCGGCCAAAGAAUGACGCUAGACGGCUCCUUUUAGUAAAGUGACGGUAGAAGUUGAUAGUCAGAGUAAAUUUAAACAUUGCCAAGCUUUCGGGUCCCACCACGAAGCAAAAAGAUGGGACAAACGGCCGGAAAGCUGAUUAUGAAUGUAUAUGGACCGGGGUCACGCUGAGAUGAAUGUUGCCACUGUUUAUGGGCCGUCUUUGUCGCGAAACAAGGAUUAGUUUCUUUGACUAAUGCCUUUCCGCGACAAUCACUCAUACUGGUUUAGUUCGCGAAACUUCUUUCUUUCACAUUGGCUUACAUUGUUUUAGUGUGUAGUAGUUAACAUUUGACUUUUAUUUUUAGAAUAACAUACUGACAUAUAUUCAGACUACAUAAUGUGUAUAGUUAAACUACGUAAUAUAACACAACUUACACGUAGAUAAGACUCUAUUACAAUAUUUUUUAAAAUGUAGAAUGCGUCAAAUUGCUGUACUUUAUCUGUUUUAAAAUUACCUUGAUUUUACUUUGACAGUAACAUAAAAUUCAAAUGUUGAUUUCAGAGCUUUGGCGGAUCACCAAAGGCUCGGCCGCAAGCUGCGAUCUGGGCGGCCGACCGAAAGCUGAUGGCGCAUAUCAUCGAUGUCGACGUGGGCCAGCCCUGCUCCAACUCGGCCAAAUGUCAGUGCUACGGGUUUCGGCCGCAUCCCUGGAGGUAGCUUUAGUUUUACAUUUAAUUUUUCUUUCAUUUUUAUAGCUUAUUAAUACCUAAAUUUGUUUUAUCUUAUGUAAAAUAACAUAUCUCUUGUGUUUCUUGGUCUUAUCAUACUUUGCUUGUUACUAGGCUAAUAUUUAACACUUUUUUAAAAAAUACGGAACAUAAUAUCUAUUUGAAUAUAACUUUUGGUCUUUGCUUGAUUAGCAUAACAAUCUGUUUUAUUAUCGAAAGGCACAUCUGGUAGUCUAUAAUACCUUUCAUCUCAUAUUCUUAUGUUCACCAUGGCCAAAGUGACGAUUUUGUUUUAGUAUUCGAUUUCUAUUAUAUCCUAACUUUUCUCAAUAUAAUUUUACAUUUUCUGAUAAGAAUAUAAUAACGAGUGUAUUUACUAACACAAAUGUAGUCUAUUGUUUUAUCUUUUACGACUUUGACCGGUCGAUGCCAGAUGUGGGACAAUGCCUGUUUACUGCUUCUAUUGAGUUGUUAACUAUGCAGGGUUGAGAAUUAUUUAUUUACUUUACUAUAUAGUCUUAAAGGACAACUUUUUUGAAACUACUAUUAUAGUUUGCGUGGUAUAAGAGGUAAUAUAAUAGGUAUAUUGAUGGAUUUCGUAAUAAUCGUCAUUUUUAAAAGCAUCUACUUUAUAGUUCUAUACAUCAAACAGUAUGUAUAUCAUAGGUGUUAUGGCUUUUCACAAAAACGUGAAGAAUGGAAUAUCUACAGGACUUGACUGUUGGCAGUUGAGACAUUUCACAACAUAUCUGGGCGAACUGAUGGUGUAGUCUAUUAGGCAAUCCAUGCAGCUAAACACUUUCAAACAUCAUAGACAUAGUACAGGACGAUCGGCUUCUUCUUCCAGGCAACUGCGACAGGCAUCAUUCUCGAGUUCCACACCUUCUAUGAUAUUCAAAACGAAGUGUUUAUACCUGAAAUAUGA